UCGGGGUCAGUGGCGUAUUCGGUGGUUCAGUUUGUUUGGGAAUGCUAGUGGCUAGACAGAAGUAACUAGGCAAGGGAGUGAAGUAAACGCUAGGCAGCCAGUAAUGGACCCAUGACGGAGAUCACUUCCGCACAACCACAGCAGUUUCAGUUCUACAAGGAGACAUUUUGUAUUUUUUUAUAUUUAAAAGAGGAUAAAGUGCUGUAAUGGAGGAUAAGAAGGAGGAGGGAGAGGCAGAGAUCCAGGAACAUGGCCCCGAACAUUGGUUCUCGAAAUGGGAGCGGCAGUGUUUGGCCGAGGCCGAGCAGGAGGAGCCGAGUGAGGAGGAGGCUGAUCAAAGCCAACAGAAACUGUGGCAUCUCUUUCAGAACUCCGCUACCGCGGUCGCACAGCUCUACAAAGACCGAGUGUGUCAACAACAGGGACUCUCGCUGUGGGUACCAUUUCAAAAUGCUGCAACAGCUGUCACCAAUCUUUAUAAAGAAAGCGUGGAAGCACAUCAAAGAAGUUAUGACCUGGGAAUUCAAAUCGGCUAUCAGCGUCGCAAUAAGGAUGUUUUGGCUUGGGUUAAAAAGCGACGGAGAACAAUUCGAAGAGAGGACUUGAUCAGUUUCCUGUGUGGCAAAGCACCUCCACCACGGACUUCUAGAGCUCCACCCAGACUGACUGUCAUGUCUCCAAACCGGGCAUCUUCCACAGAAACUAGCUCAUCUGUAGAGACUGAUUUACAGCCCUUCAGAGAAGCCAUAGCCUUGCAUGGUCUAAGUGGAGCAAUGGCCAGCAUAAGUGUCCGUUCCAGUACUCCAGGGUCUCCUACUCAUGUGAGCAGCAGCUCCAACCCUAGCCGUAGGAGGAAUGGACUUCAUGAUGUGGACUUGAAUACUUUUAUAGCAGAAGAAAUGGCACUCCACUUAGACAGUGGUGGUACUAGGAAGCGGACCUCAGCCCAGUGUGGUGAUGUCAUCACAGACUCCCCAACCCAUAAACGCAAUCGAAUGAUCUGAACUGAAUUCUUAGCAAUGCACCAUGCUGCUUAAAGUAAAAAGCCACUUAAUCCUCAACACAUCUUAUUUUCUUUGAAAGGAACCAGGGCCAUCAGCAAAGGAAACCAUUUAUUCAGAUGAGUGAAUGCAUUAAUGAUUACCAUGAAUCUCUGGCAGUUGAUGCCUCUUGCUAGUAAUGGCUUUGUUAUUCACUCAGUUCUGAACACAUUUAUCUCUUUUUACUGAGCAAGAUCAUCAUAGGUUAACAUUUCCAAGCUUGAAGGCUGAAGUGACCUUAUUCGUGUCCCGUAUAUUGAAGGGAUUUAAUGUCUUGAUUUCAUUUUGGUUCUUUAUCACCCUGUUUUCUUCUGAAUAUAUGCUUGAGUAUAAUGCCAGUUCAUGACUGAAUGUCCAUAUUCAACAGCAUUUUUUAAAAUAUUUGGA